GGUGCAGCUGUUGGCUGUCUGCUCGGUGCCCCUGUUGUUUGUGCAUGUGUGUGUUUGUGUUUGUGUUUGUGUUUGUGUGAACUGGUGGUCUAGUGGAGAAGACCCCUCUCGUGCUCUUCUCUUGAGUCAGGAUGAAUCUCUUCUGCUUCUCUCUGGAAGGCUCUCUGGACAGUCUGUAUGAGGCUGUGCAAGACUCGAGUAACACAGAGGUGUACAGCGUCCCCACCAGAUCCCGCAGUCAUGCUGGCCUGCUGGAUGAGCACAGUAAAUGGAAUGCAACUCGUCGCUGCAGCUCCACGGACUUCUCCUAUGCCAGUAACAGCACCUCAAGGAAGAAGACCAGUGGGAUGGUGUCAAAAUCUGUGUCAGACAAUGAAUCCCUAGAUAAUGCCUCCUGCAGUAAUGGGCCUCCACUCUGGCUGCCUGCCAGAAACCCAGAAGAUUUACUCCACAUCAAGAACAAUCAGAAUGAAGAGCUGGAAUCCUCUGUGACACAGUUACACCACAGGACAUCACAAGAAAAUCUAUACCCAAAAAUGUCAAGACCACUGAAGCUUGUGUGCUAUGAGGAAUACACCCCCAACCAACAGCUUCAAAGAGCUGCGACUGUCACAAAAAACAAAGAUAUAAGAGAGUCAAGAGGAACGACCAGGAAAAGUCAAAAGUCUGGGAAGAAAGGAAAUGGAAAUAUCAGACCAAGAAACACAAGCAAGCCUACAGGUAAAGGUCGCUCAAAAAGUCGUGGCCCAAGCCCAGCAGCAGCUGCAGCAGCCCUGGAGAACGGCGUCCACAGACUGGACCUCAGGGAUGGGGGCGCACCAGGCUCCAGGGAGCGUCAGAGUUGGAGCGCCCCAAUCGAGGCAACCCAAGUCUGGUGUCCCUCUUACCAUACCUGCCGUAGACCUCACACCGAGUACCAUGUCUACUCCCAAGAUCUUACAUUACCACCAGGCAAGGACUGGAUCAGACCAGAACUGACCACAGACAGAUGUGUGAGGAGAGAUGGACCCUGCAGCAUUGUCCGCUCGGUCACAGAUAUGGAUAUCUCAAAAGUAAGUGAUAUGCUCCAGAGGGCUGCUUCAAACGUUUGCGACAACAAACCCAAAACUCUUAAACCAAAGCGAUCCACCAGCUUUGGAAGAUUUGACAAACAACAACAACCAACAGUGAAACCACAAGAAAAUGGAACAGCUGUGCCUGAAGGAGGAAAUGUGUCUCUUGAGAAUUGUGAGCAAGGCAAACAGGGUGGCUUGGGGAAGAAGAUGAAGGCCAUUUCUAUGACGAUGCGCUUAAAGAUGGGCAGGAAAUGUGCCAAGAAUUUCGCAGAAGACAUGGUUGAUCAGCCAGCCAAAGAUAAAGAGGAAGAAACAGACAGUCCCACCGAUAAGCCCAGUGACUCCUCAGAGAGUCUGUACAGUGGACAGAGUUCUACUAGCUCAGGUGGUGUGGUGAGCAGCUCUGACGGCUGUAGCAUACGAGGCAGCCUGAGGCUGGAGGAGGAGGUCCCCUACGCAGGCCAGUUCUGCGGACGCGCCCGAGUGCACACAGACUUCGUUCCAAGCCCCUAUGACACAGACUCCCUCAGGCUCAAGGUUGGAGACAUUAUAAGCGUUAUACGUAAACCCCCUAUGGGCAUAUGGACGGGCAUGCUGAACAACAAAGUGGGGAAUUUUAAGUUCAUCUAUGUCGACAUGCUCCCUGAAAAAGAGAAAGAAGAUGAUACUCCAAAGAUAAGGCCACAGAGACUCUCAAAAAGGCCACGACCCAAAACCCUACUGGAAUUACUUGAACGUCUGCAAUUAGAGGAGUAUGCCUCUUCACUGCUACUGAAUGGCUACCAGACAGUGGAAGACUUGAUACAUCUACAAGAGAAACAUCUUAUAGAACUAAACAUCACUGAUCCUGAACAUCAACGAAAGCUGCUUGCUGUCGCUGAUGUUCACUAUGAAAUAGGAGGUGAUGACCAUGGCAAUGAUAAAGAGGACAAAGACACAAACGACUGCCCACGGGACUCUGGUUGUUUUAUUCCAUCAGAGUGUUCAGAAAGUAGGGACGAUGGGGAAAGUCAAUCAACAACACCUGACGCUCCAGAACAUGGCUGAUAACCAGCUCACCAGCGACGUGUCGCUAUUCAAUGCUAUGUCAUGUAUAUAUUUGUUUUAAUUCAUUUUGCAAAGAUUUAAUUCUCCAAUGUUAUCAUCUUUAUUUGUUAACAAAAAGGGGUAGGCCUAUUAGAUGUAAUGUGCUUGUUAUUUUUCCCACAUCGCCUUGAUUUAUAGUCAACAUGGUCUGUUAAGAAUAUUUGGCAGAUUUGACUGAAAAGAUGUGUGUGUGUGUGUGUGUGUGUGUGUGUGUGUGUGUGUGAUAGAGGCUUCCUUUUUUAUUCACUUUUUUAGCAAAAUAUAUUUAAUCAAUGUAAAUAGCCUAUCUGAACAUAAUAAUACAAUGAUAAUAAAUUAUUUACCUUGGAUACUU